AUGGAAAUUGUAAAUCAGUACAAGGAGAUUUUCGAGUCCGCAGUGCUCCAAUUGGCUCAAACCCCGACGAGAGAAUUGCGCUUAACAACUAAUGAAGGAAGUACGUACCAACGUGAUGCUUCAGCUUCAAAAGUCAACACAGAAGCACGGCAUGAUACUGGAACCACACAGGCAGCUUCCAACGAGUACACGAAACUAGUCCGCAGACAAGGGGUAAUGAUGGCCUCGUUGCGACGGUUACUGAACGACAACGUUUCACCACAAUGUGUUCCAACAAUUAAUAAACUGUGGGAAAAUAUAGAAGACAUUCACUUCAGGAUAUAUGAGAUGUUCGACAACCCAACCGAGCAGGGCUACAAGGUCGAUAACUUCAUUUCACUUGAGGAAAAGGUAUGGAGUACUUUGCAAGCAGCUAAUAGUGACUCCCAUACUGAGCAAUCUUCAAACCAACUUCCGAUUAAACUGCAAUCCAUUUCACUGCCGAAGAUAAUAAUUCCAAAAUUCGAUGGCACCUAUUUAAAAUGGCAAGAAUUUCAUGACCUAUUCUCGCAACUGGUAAUAAAUCAACCUCUUUCAAAAGUUCAGAAAAUGUGGUACUUGAAAACUCACCUAGUGGGGGAGGCUGGAAAUUUAAUUAAACAUUUCGCAUCAACAGGAGAGAAUUUUGAUGCAACUUGGUUCAUGCUUCUGGAGCGUUACAACAACAAACGCUUGCUGGUGAGCAAGUUAGUACAUGAGCUAACUACUACACCUGGAAGCACAUCAAUGGACAAUGUCAAAAAACUGCAUGACACAACACAAGAAUGUCUAUUAGCAUUGCAAAAUUUGCAGAUAGACACAUCAACAUGGGAUCCACUUCUGCUCCCCCUUCUACUAAAGAAACUGGAUCAACCGACUCGUUUGCGGUACGAACAAUCAUUAUCAAAGCCACGGGAGGUACAAACACUCAAGGAAUUCCUGCAAUUUCUGGAGAAACACUUUCAAUCCAUGGAAGCGAUGGGUGUCAAAGACAAAUCUACAAGCUCAACUGCAAAGGUGUGCACUUCAGUCACAUCCAAAGGUCAUAGAAAUGACACUUGCAGCAUGUGCAAAAAAGGAAAACAUCCAUUAUUUUCUUGCAAGGAAUUUUUACAACAGUCUCCAUCGGCACGCUUUCAGUUCAUACAAGGGCAGAAAUAUUGCCACAAUUGCCUAAAACCAGGACAUGGUUCUAAAAAUUGUAUAUUAAGAAACUGUCUGAAAUGCAACAAAAAACACAACACGCUGUUACAUUUCGAGGAUUCAAAAAGGGAUGUGAGCAAAGACAUUACAUCAGUAGCCACUCCAACACAAGGCAACGAAUCGCAAAGUACUACACCAUCCAGGACCAAAUCAACGCCAUCAAAAGACGAAGCAGCGUCACUUACCACCGCAAAGCACACAAAGUCAAACACUGGCAUCGGGUCAAGGAGCACUAAGAUACAGCAUCGAGUCAAUGUGGCGCUACAGUCUCGGAUCAACAACUUUACAACGCGACUAGAGGCAGCGGUAUUGCCUCAGAUUAUAUCCCCGCAGCCGUCGCAAGAAAUCAAGAUCGACGAAUGGCAAAUUCCUGAGAACAUCAUGUUAGCCGAUCCAUCAUUCAAUCGUCCUGACAAAAUUGAUAUAUUGUUGGGGGCGGAAUUCUACAACCAACUGAUGGCAGCAGGGCAAAUCAAACUGUCAGAUGACCUACCCAUUCUGCAAAAUACAGUGCUGGGAUGGAUCAUCGCGGGAAAAGUUGGUGGCAACUACAUCUCAAAUGCAAUAUGUGGAAUCUGUACCAACGAUGACAUCAACUUAGAUGCAGCCAUUGCUCGAUUAUGGGAACUUGAGGACGUGGCAACUGCUACGCUGAUGGAUAUCGCGCUCACAACACAGGUGCUUUGA